AUGGCCCUGAAGCGCCACCUGCAGAGCAUCUUGGCCGUGCUGAGCUUUGCUGUGGGCAGAGCUGGUCCGGCCAGCACCAGUCGCACCACCCAGACACCUCACGUGAGGCCGCGCCAAAGUUCCAAUAGCGUGGCUGCAGUGCCGGCGCCCUUGCCUUUGGGUGCGGCAGUGGGAGGAGGUCAUGGUGUCUAUGUGCCAGUGCAACUGGUAGGAGGCCUUCAGCAUGCCCACAGCUCUGCUGGCAGCUUGUGGGCUUGGGUGGUGGCUGCUGGAGGUGCUAUUCACGGGGUGAGGCAAAGCCAUGAAGCGCGCCACACACGACGCAACAGGAAUCACUUGGUGCCCCAGGCGCAUAUGCAUGCUGAGGAUGGCUGGCAAACUGCCAGUGAGGAUGAAGGUACUUGGACCAGGCAAACCAGUGAAGCACCGAUGCAUCACAUGCCACAGAUGCCGGAGGGAGCUACAUUUUUGGGCCAGCCCAUGGGGAUGAACUAUGCUCAACAGGCUCAACCCUUCAAUGGCGUCAAUGGCGUCAAUGGUGCCUUGGAUUUCUCCCCUGUCUGGCCCAAUCAGAUGAUGCCCCUGGUCAUGGUGGCCAUGCCUCAGGACUCCGAGCCUCAGGCGCAGGUGCAGGCAGCUUCAGAUGCUUCCUCUUCAUCCGUAGCGCAGGCUCCCUUCGCCCCUGGGCAGUUGGAGCGUGUGACCACCAGCACCGCCUCAGAGUCAUCCUGGGCCUCGGCAGCCUCCAGUCGUUGGACCAGUCGGGACUGUGACUGGACCAACAAACAGCUCAUGAAGCCCGACUGUCCACAACGCCGGGAGUUGCUGCGACAGGUGAUUCAAGAUAGCUGGAACUUGGCGAACAGCAAGAAUGGCACCCGGCUGGUGCAAACUGCCUUGGAUGUGGCAGAUUACCAAGAGAAACAGUUGUUGGCCAGCAGCUUUCAGGGCCGGGUGUGGGUGGCACUGAAGUCCCCUCAUGCUAAUCAUGUGCUGCAGAAGAUUGUUGCCCUGAUGCCGCCAGAGAAAAUGCAGUUUGUGAUCGAUGAACUCACUGGCCGAGUUGCGGAGGCUGCGAGGCGGCCUGUUUGCCCAGAAAAUUCAGAUUUGGAGAGUUAUCGGAUAGUUAUCGGAGAGUUAUCGGAGAGUUAUCGGAUAGUUAUCGGAUAG